UUUAUGUCGGCAGUUGACAGAAGCGUUUAUGUAUAUGACCGAUCAUAAGUCACCACACCCAGUGACCACCGGAGUGUCGGUUUUAGUAUUUAAUAGUGUCUAGUUCGGAUGAUUGUUAGCGCGUCGUCGCGUUGGUGCGUGAUGUAGUGAUUUCGGAAGAUUUUAUCAUGAAAAUAUCGUGAAAUACGAGUGUAAUGUUAAUGUCAUUCUAGGAGUGGUGUGCCUCGGUUGAAAGGCCUGCCGAAAGGACAGGGCUCCGCGCGAGAGGACGAAACGCGGCCCUCCGCUCUGAAUCAUGGAGUGCUGCAUGUCAGAAGAAGCCAAAGAACAGAAAAGAAUCAAUCAAGAAAUAGAGAGGCAACUCCGGAAGGACAAGAGAGAUGCCAGGAGAGAACUCAAACUACUAUUGCUUGGUACCGGCGAGUCGGGCAAGUCAACAUUCAUCAAGCAGAUGAGAAUCAUCCACGGCUCCGGCUACAGCGACGAUGACAAGCGCGGGUUUAUCAAGCUCGUCUACCAGAACAUCUUCAUGGCUAUGCAGAGUAUGAUACGCGCUAUGGAUCUACUCAAAAUACAAUACGGGAAUCCGUCCAACGUAGAAAAGGCGGAGUUGAUAUCGGCGAUCGACUUUGAGAGCGUGACAACGUUCGAGAGUCCAUAUGUGGAGGCGAUCAAGGACUUGUGGUCUGACUCCGGUAUCCAGGAGUGCUACGAUCGUAGGCGGGAGUACCAGCUUACCGAUUCAGCCAAAUACUACUUGCAGGAGAUUGACCGCGUGGCGGCUCCAAAUUACCUACCAACCGAACAAGACAUCCUUCGCGUGAGAGUCCCCACAACGGGUAUUAUAGAAUACCCGUUUGACCUCGAAGAGAUACGAUUUAGUUAUUUAAGUGAUCUGGCGCGGAUUGAAAAAGACGACUAUCUGCCGACUGAGCAGGACAUUCUGCGCGCCCGACAGCCUACCACUGGAAUUCUCGAAUAUCCGUUCGAUUUAGAUGGCAUUAUAUUUCGAAUGGUGGACGUCGGGGGCCAAAGAUCCGAGAGAAGGAAGUGGAUCCACUGUUUUGAAAAUGUCACAUCUAUCAUAUUCUUAGUAGCUCUUAGUGAAUAUGAUCAAAUUUUAUUCGAAUCCGAAAAUGAGAAUCGGAUGGAGGAGUCGAAGGCGUUAUUCAAGACGAUCAUCACGUAUCCGUGGUUCCAGCACUCGUCAGUAAUUCUGUUCCUCAACAAAAAGGAUUUGCUCGAAGAGAAAAUUAUGUAUUCGCAUCUUGUCGACUAUUUCCCGGAGUACGAAGGUCCGCAACGUGACGCGAUAGCGGCGCGCGAAUUCAUUCUACGAAUGUUCGUCGACCUCAAUCCAGAUGCGGAGAAAAUCAUCUACUCCCACUUCACUUGUGCGACUGACACCGAGAACAUCCGUUUCGUGUUCGCCGCGGUGAAAGACACAAUCCUACAAUCCAACCUCAAGGAAUACAACCUCGUGUAAGCGGAGCCACGCCCAUUGACACAAAUCUGUGAUUGUGUAUAACACAUAAUUAAAACAUCAUCACUUCACGACAGAAUGUGUAAAUUCACGAACUGAGAUCGGAUGGACGAACUUAUUCACCUUAAAAUGUUUAACGAGAAAGUAAGGAUAGAUUGUAAGUCAUUUAACCAAAACUAGCGUCAGUCGUCGGCGGCGGGUCGACCGUCCGUGCGCGCUCUACGACGCGACACGUUUUUGACAUGUUUUUUUAUGAUGAAGUUAUUCACAAUUUAUGUAUGUGUCUGUAUCGGUGAAUAUUAAAUUGUGCAUUUUAAAAGUUAUGGUGAGUCUUGGCCUUACCAUGCUGCUUUUAGUCAUUGUUUUAGGAUUUUUGUAAAGUUUGUUGCCAUAAUAUCUUUCUACAUUAGUAUACAUUUUAUUAUGUCCAGACGGAUGGAUUUGAACAAACUAGUCCAAUGAACUUACGUGUUUCGGAUCGACCGAUGGCUCGAGACAGGACUUCCUAUGACGUAUCAAGAGGGACGCUUCCGUGUUACUAUUACGUAUUUAUAAGUUAAAGUGUCGAGAGCUGAGCUUGCGGGCGGCGGUGGUGCUAUACAACUCAGACGCCAUCGACCUCGCGGUGUCUACGUCUAGCGGAAUAUUUAGCACAUUUAAUAACUAACAAUCGACCUUAUUUCGAAUCGUUAUAUCUUUGUCUUUCCUAGGGUUAAGGUUCAUUGAAUGUCGGUAUUUAUUUUCAUGUUGUAAACUAAGGAUAUAACGUUCCCGACGCUGAGACUGGCGCGUGUUGUAUAGAGGUCGCAGUAAGGGCCGCGCGCGGCUAUGUGUUCACUGACCGCCACCCCGCCUCUCAAAGUGAAACUAAUCAAUAUACAAAAUAUAUAUCGAUACCGUUCGUUCUGUUAGCUUGGAAGAUUUAUAUAUUUAUUAAUUAUAUUUAAAGAUUACAUUACUUUUGUACAUUGGAAUUUUUGUUACUUGAAUAUAUGUUAUUAUUUAAGCUGUUUAUAUUUAAAUAUGGUGUUUUUCUACACGAAUUGACUUGACGCAAAACGUUUUACGUUAACUGUAGGCUUUAUGUGCGCAGUGGUCUGGUGUAUUUGGUUUCUUCUAUUUUGAUCCGUGUACGAGAAUUCCAUUCAGCUAGCAGUAUGUCGAGUAUAGGGAAAUACUACGUUAGUUGUAUAAGGACAUUUUUGAUGCAUUUGAUAUAAACUUUUUUUACUAGAAACCCAAGGGAUACAAUAAAGCGAAAUGUGAAUUGUAAAAACCGAAACCUGUUUUUUGCACGAAAGCUUUUACCACAUGUAUGUAAUAUAUUGUACAUUUGGGUCUAAAUGUGCUGAGUGAAUUGAGCCGACAGAUUAGUGCCAAGUUUUGCUAUUGGCAUUUUUAAUUGAUCGUGAAGCACAAACAUAUACAUUUAUAAUUGUUUUCCAUAUUUAGAGUAUUUUAUUAUGCUAUGCUUAAUUUAGUGUGUUGCUUCGUGUUAUUAUUAUUUAGUUAUUUAUGUAUAGUAAGAAACAAAGUUUCUAUUUCGACGGUAUAUAGCUUACAUUAACUUAUUUGUUGUUGUCUUUAUUUUAUGCAUUCUGAGCAUAUCGAUUACCUCUGAGGUUAAGCACAUGUACUGUCAAUAGCAAAACUGUAUGCUUUAAUUAAUAUACAGCUGUCUGAAAUGCUCAAAAUAAUGUGAAAUUGUAACUUAGCGCACAAUAUUGGAACUUUCUAUUGAUGUUACCCACUAAAGUGCAAUCUCUGUGUAUGCCCUGUACAUAGAAAACUAUAUUUCUUUUGUGCAAUUGUACAGCAAUAUUGUGAAUGGGCCCGACGCGGCUUGGGGUUGGACACGCGGCGCGCUGCGGCUACCGUCACUACGAGCUUGUGCCAAGUUUUAUGAUUAAAAUAUUAUGUAUAUCGUAUUCGUGUGAGAUGUUUCCUUUCUUCGAAUACAGUGAUUAGUAUAGAUAGCAACAAAAACAAACAAAGCACAAUGUAUAUUCUAAUUGGUGAUUUUGUAGCCCGAAACCGCUCUGCAUCUUGAUAAUUCGCAUUUUACUGUAACGAUUUGUUCAUUAAACGCUGCACUUGCAUCUUAUGUUUUAUGAUAAAUGAGAUAUUGGAUAAGAGCGUAGCGUUCAAUAGAAUGAGUGCCUCUAUAGGGAAACAACCGACGAUGUAAUUUUUACAACAUUAUGAACCCCCGACACUUCAUUUAGUACAAAUUACUGUGUUAUAUGUGUUGUUUAUUACACCGUCUGGAGCGAAAUACCCAAUGGGAAAUGUUACAAACCAUUAGCUGUAAACAUUGUCUUUUUAGAUUUUUUUCUUUCUCUCAUUAACACCCUGAUUGGUUCCACGGAUUUUAGACAAGUGUCAUUUUUCGACAGUUCAGAAACCUUCGGGAUUUUUCGAAAUAAAAUAAAAAAAUAUGUAAGUAAUUGAUCAAAUUAACAAAAGCUUACUUGAUCUAAUUCCAUUGUAUCACCACCAUUAGAAAGUACAGAUGAUAGAUCAUUUGUAAAUUUACUAAAUGGAAAAAACAGUAAAACAAUAAAUUUCUUCAGUCAGGGAAAAUCAGGCUCCUCUUGUAAGUCAUCCGACGAAACAGAUUCCCGCUGUGGAUUCAUGGUCAAAAAUAAAACAACUGUAGUAUAUGUAAUCACUAAAUAGGGAUUCCUGAUAAAGACAAAUGAUUUCCCGAAUAAUUAAAAUGUUUUGAUAAUACGAUAAUGAAAAAUCUAAUUACAAUCUUUAAAUUUCAGUUUUUCCUAUUGAAACGUAAAAUUAUUCAUUCAUUACGUAAAUUACAUUUGAGUGAAAUAAAAAAUAUUUUAUUUCACUCAAAUAUUUCCGAUUUUCAGUUCGGCUGUUUCAAUGUUUACGUGGAAUUAAAAAUCAGGGUUUAGUAUGAGAUAUUUAUGGAUGCUGAAGACCCCGCAGUGGAAAAAAGUUGAAAAUCGGACCCUGGGCUCCUACGCUUAAUGCCUGUAAAAAAACCGGUAAAACACUCAAAUAAGAGAUACUAAAAUUACUUAUUUAUUGUUCCCUGUCCUGCCCAUUGAGCGUAAAAAUUAAGACUUGUAGCACAAAAAACGUACAAUUCUAUAUACAAUCUUAGAAAUUGUAAGCCGAUUAGCAAUAGCAUAAUUGUCACAUUUUUUCCUUGUAACGAUUUUUCACUGGGCAUUUUGCCUGCAAUUGUCAAUAAUAUGUAUGUAAUAUACUAGCAUUUUGUUAUCAAAUUUAUCUGAUAUCCAUGUUAUAGUUAGCUGACGUGGGCCUUACUCCAAGCAGGUGAUUGUAUACACAGUUAUGUACAAACUAAGUUUAACCUUACGUGACUAGAUAUAGCGUACAAUUUACCGUGACAUUACUAUCUGUUCCGUGUACGAUCUCAAAUAGUGAAUAUUAUGUAAAGAUGGCGGCAUUAGCACAUGCAGUUAACAAACCACCUGUUAACAUGGUGCACGAGUUAAUGUCAUUUGAACGAAAAACUUGGAAAUGACAAAAUUCGCUGUUUACACCGAAUGUUCAGGCUGCACUCUGGAAUAAGGGCAACGCAAUAGUAUUCCCUAGUGUGUUUCAUUGCUUGAGUUCAUCAGAUAUAAGCUCAGUGCUUAGUGUGGGCGCUGAGUGUCGUCCAUUUAUACAGCUUGGAGUAGGGCCCAAGCGCGCCGUAGUCGCCGCGUCGAAUUCGUAUCUUCCUUACGAAUGGACUGAAACUCGAGUGGAGUGGUUUUUACCUGUUUGAUUUAACGGUUGGGCGGUAACUACACAAAUAUUGCUAAACUAUAUUAUAGUCUAACGUUGCUUUACCUUUUGCGUGAGAUUGUGAGGAUUUUAGCUUAAGUUCCGACUGAAGAUGGAUGCCUGUAUGAAAUAUUGUAAAUUAUAAUUUCUCAUAAAAUAUAAUUUUUUUCAGCUAA